AUGGAAGCCCCCAGGCUGUGCCCGGCGUCGAUGUCACAGGAGCGCCCGCAAGCGACAGGCCGCAUCUGUCCACCGCCGUGUCUGCUCCUCCUCCUCCGCCUCGUGUUCUGCGUGGAGGACCGCGCCAUCCUGUGCCCCGACUGCGACGACCCCAUCCACAGCGCCAACGACCUCACCGCCAAGCACACCCGCUUCCUCCUCGUCGGAGCCAAGCUCUCCGCCGAGCUCGUCGACCAGGCGCCCGCCUCCCCUAACGACGACGACGACGCCUGCGGCCGCGACACCGGAGCCGCCGCCGAGCCCGACGCUGUGCCCGCCCUCGGCGCGCAGGGCUCCUGCGCGGCCAAGGCCUCGGCUCUUGAGUCCGGCAGCGUAGGAGCGCUGGGCUUCGACAAGGCGCCGGCGUCCGUCGUGGCCGUCCCGACGCAGGGGUUCGUGAGGGAGAUGAGCUGGAACUCCGACAGCGACAGCGACGUGUUCGUGAGGGAGAGAUUUUUCCGUCUUGCUUGCAGACCAGUGCAGGCAUGCUCGCCAUUAGCCUAG